CGUACUCCCAGCUCAGAUCAGUUCUUGCUACCACGGUUUACGCGCAAAAUGGGGAUAAGUCUAUGGAAUGCCCGGGAGCGGUUCAGGAACGAUUACAGUCGCAGGUUACAAGGCACCCAAGCGCACCGCUACCGCUACCGCUAGCCAUGGGCCGCGGCUGAUUGAUGACGACCAUCCCCGAUUGCCCACUGCGUUGGAAAUCAUUCAAAAACGCACCGGAGGCAUUUCGGGUUCACCGUUCCUCAUAUCCCACUCUCGUUUGGUUAUGCUCUUCUCUGCCCUGCAGCUUGCUGCGGCUGGUUCUGCGCUUGUCGCCCCCACUUUCGUUAACGCCCGAAGUCUUGACACUGGUGUCUUCCCCCGCUCUCAUACCUUGACCUCUCCUCUGGGUCCCGUCGUUGACCUGGGUUACGCUGCCUAUGCCGGCAACUCGUCCCUCCCGGGUCUGACUUUCUAUGGCGGAAUCCCCUACACCCAGCCACCCGUCGGCAAUCUUCGCUUCGCUCCGCCCAAGAAGCUGGUCGAGAGCCACAAAUCGCUCAGCAACAGCGACGUGAUCGAUGCCCGCAACUGGGGAGCUAUCUGCAUCCAGCAGCCGGCCGUCGUGGGCAUCGGCAGCGAGGACUGUGUGACACUGAACGUUUGGAAGCCCGCUGGCGCGAAUCCACACAGCAAGCUGCCUGUGUACGUCUACAUCCACGGUGGAGGUCACUACUAUAACUCGGCCCAGGGUUUCCCCGCGAACGACUGGGUCGCUCGCUCUAACGGCGGUCUGAUCGCUGUCGCCAUCCAAUACCGUCUCGGCAUGCUUGGGUUCUUGUCCGGAAACGGCCUGCGGCUCGACCGGUCCGCGGGGCCCAACAACGGUCUCCUCGACCAACGCGCGGCUCUCGAAUGGAUCCAGCGCAACAUUGCGGCCUUCGGUGGCGACCCGAGCAAGGUCACGAUCGGCGGGGAGAGCAGCGGCGGAGGCUCUGUUGCCCUGCACAUGACUGCUUACGGUGGCGAGCGCAACCCGCCAUUCCGCGCGGUUGUCAUGGAAAGCCCCGGGAACGACCCGUUCUACGACGACAGCCACACCGAGCAGUGUUUCCUUGACGCGAUUGCGCACAUCGGAUGCCCCAACGAUAACAACGUCGUUGCCUGCCUGCGCAAAGCGACCGUCGGCGCUAUCGUCUCUGCGGUGAACAACAAGCUCGGGACUUGCAAGUACGAGCCCAUCAUCGACUGGAACUACGUCGUUGGCAUCACCAGCGAGCUUCUGGAGACUGGGCGGUUCAGUAAAGUCCCCAUUCUCGGUGGCCAUAAUGCCCAGGAUGGCUCGAUCUUCGUUGGCAAGCCCGCGCAGGUCACUACCGAUGCGGACAUGGUCAAGGCCGUCCUCAAGCGCUACCCGACGCUCUCGCAGCUAACGACCGAAGCGAUGCUGAAGACCUACCCGCCCGCGUCGGCAUCCACGCCCUGGAAAACUCAGUGGGAGCGGACCAUGUGGGCCUACAUGGAGAGCGAGCUCUCAUGCUGGCCCUGGUACAUUGGCAACAUUUCCGGAAAGCCAGCGUACAACUACCGCUGGGACGCAGUCGACCCGAACAUCAUCGCUGCGCGCGGCGCCUACGUCGGCGCAGCACACACCGCGGAGCUCUUCUACCUGUAUGACGGCACGAACUCGGGCCCCAGCGCGUCCGUCGCGCAGCCCGUAUUCACCGCCUUCAAGCCCGCCGAAGCGGACCUCGCGAAACAGGCCGUCGCGUGGUGGUCCAGCUUCGCGAUGACGCUCGACCCCAACACGCACGCGGCCCCUGGCGCGCCGCGCUGGGAGCCGGCGAGCCAGAACGGCGGAUUCAUGGUCCCGAAUACCGGCGCGUCGGCUGCGUCCAGCGCGAUGUCGUACAUCGACGCGGACUACCCGCGGCGGUGCGCGUGGUGGCGCAGCGUUGCCGAAGAGCUCCGGCUCUGAGCGCCGUUGCAUUUGAGCGCGAUCACAUGGUCUGAUUUCACAGCCGUUGUUGGAUUCGAUCUCUCGUGUAUCCGCACCCCCAUCGUUCAUCAUUCCACUCCCCGGGAUGAACGAAUGUUCUUCUGUUCAUUAUACCUCGACUUGAAACGUAUAUCUGUAUUAGUAGUAACCCGCACGUUGACUGAUCUUUAACUGUAUAGAACUCCGUGGACCGCUCCUCUACCAACUGUAGCGAAUUGUAUUCUCAAAUCUCACACUAUCAAACUGAAAACUGAACCGG